AUAUCACACACAUAGGAGCAACAUUUCACUGUGUACCUGCAAGACCGAAUAGACACUGGCUACAGAAGGAAGAUGGGAUAAGAAACACUGUAAUGUUUUCGAAAGGGAAAUGGGAUCAAGAAAGUGGACCAAAAACGAAGCCUUUUAAGAAGAAAAUUUGUGCUUUGAAAAUGUUUUAUUUUUCUUGCUUUUUAUUUCUGUAUUCCUUUAUCAGCUUCAUUUAUUUAGAAGAUUACUUUAAAGAAACUUUUACCAAACAAAUUGGGCAAACCCAUGAAAGUAAAGUCUCUGAUCAGCGAAAUCCUCCCCCAAGAACAUAUUUGCCAUCAGAACAAACAACACACGUCCACCACACAUCCACCAGUCCUCCGUCUCCAAAUGCGUGUGGUGUUCUAGUGAAUGAUGAGCCUGUGAUUAAAGUUGUAACCACAUGUAACCAUAGUUCCUCGAGGGAAUGAGACGCUGCGUUGAAAUGCUACGGGGAACGUGUUUAGCGUGAGCGACUCUGAAUAUCAUGUGUAAUCUGUCUUAUAGAAGAGCGUGACGUCACGGGCGGGGUUGACGUAAGCGACCAGGAAGCUAUGAAGGCAAGAGACAUGCAGCCGGCAUCAGCUUCGAGUAUCAGCAAGCACUGCGUCAGAGACGCAGCAUCUCAUUCCCUCAAGGAACUAUGGUUACAUGCGUAACCUAGAGACGUUCCUCUUCAGGAGCUCUAGCUGUGUUGAAACGCUAUGAGGAACGAUGUGCCCACACUGCCAGACUACCAAAUCCCUGCCUAGUGUGUAUCCGAAGAGCACUGCUUAGGACAAGAGAACUGGACCUGGACUGACUGGCAUACGGCUAAUGGCUAACGGCUAUCCCACACAAGCCAUUCUAACUGGCAUAUCUAGGCCAUAGAAUUUUGCAAAUGUGGAAGGCGUGGACCACCCCGCAGCAUUGCAGAUGUCCAACAUGAACACACCUACUAGAAAGGCCUUGGGGAGCGCCAUACCCGGAGUAGAGUGAGCCUUGGCUCCCGACAGCAGGGGAAGACCAGAGGAAACUCAUAGGUGGUGUUGAUAGUCUCAACUAUCCAACGACUAAAAGUCUGCUUAGAUGUAGGAAAACCCCUUUUUGGGGGACCGUAGCAUACUAGCAAUUGGUCCGAUUUUCUCCACAGAGCAGCUCUGUGGACGUAUGCGUCCAGCGCUCGAACCGGACACAUACACUUUAGCUUCACUUAGCCAGGCUCCCGAAAGGGAGGAGGGCAGAAGGCCUGCAGCACUACAGGUCGUGGUAUGACUGAGGAAACCUUAGGAACAUAUCCCGCUCGAGGGUAUAUGAAGGCUUUGGCCAUGUCGGGCGCAAAGUCAAGAUAAGCAGGGGCCACUGAGAGGGCCUGAAGAUCUCCAACUCUCCUCACAGAGGUAAUAGCCGACAGAAAGGUAGAUUAGAUGUCUGUCUGAUAUAUAUUGUAUUGGCUAGAAUGGAGCUUUACAAAGAGCCUCUAACAACACAACCAAGUCCCACGGAGGAAUACGGGACCAUACUGGAGGUCUCAGCGUCAGUGUACUGCAGAGGAAACGUGAAACUAGGGGGUGUCUUCCCAAAGACUGACCAUUGAGCGGGACAUGGUAGGCCGCAAUGUCCGCCAGGUACACCUUCAGCAUGGAAUGGGUCAACCCUGCAGAGAACCUGGCUUGUAGAAACUCCAGUACUGUACCAACUGGGCAGUUACCUGGGUCAAGCUGACGGUCUCUGCACCAAAAGGUGAAGAGUUUCCACCUUAGGGCGUACAGUUUCAUCAUUGAGGGAGCUCUUGAUUGGAGGAUGGUCUCAACAACCUCGGUUGAGAGACCGGAUGCUAUGAGUUGUGUCCCUGCAGCACCACACCCACAGCUUCCACAACUCUGGGCGAGUGUGAAUUAUCAUGCCCUGCGCCUGUUAGAGUAGGUCUGUCCUGAUCGGUAUCUCCCAUGUAGAGCCAUUGAGGAGCGAGACCAGAUCUGCGAACCAUACUCGGCCCGGCCACAACGGGGCCGCUAGCAAUAGGCGGACAGCGUACCGGCGUACUCUCGCCAGAACUUCCGCGAGCAGGGCAAUAGGGGGAAAAGCGUACAGAUGAAGCCUCGGCCAGGUCUGUAUCAUAGUAUCCAGUCCCAGAGGAGCUGAAUGAGCUAGAGAGAACCAAAUGAGACAUUGCGAUGGCUCUUGAGUCACUUGAGCUUUGCCAAAGAUUCUCCAUAUCUGCUUCACCAUCUCGGGGUGAAGUUUCCAUUCCGCACCAACACAUGGUGACCUCUCAGGUCUGUGAGGAAGUGCUUUAAUGAUCAAUAAACUGCUAGCUCUAGACAAUUGAUAUGCCAUGUCAGAUAGCAACCACUCCACAGACCACGGGCAGGGUGGCCACUCAUGACCGCACCCCAACCAGUGGGAGAUGCAUCCAUCGCUAGUAUUACACAGCGACAAUAAGCUCCCAGCAUCGGGCACUGUAGAGGUCUCAUGUACAGCAGGCCAAAAGGUAUCACGUUGGACGCAGUUGCCAUCAGAUCCAACAAUCUCUGAAAUUGUUUGACAGUGAGUGACUGGCCUUAUUUGACUCUCUCGACUGACAAGAGAAUCGAAUUUGUACGAGCAGGGGACAAACGUGCCUGCAUCGUGGUCGAAUCCCACACUACACCUAGAUAGGUGGUUCUCUGGACUGGAGAAAGCACACUCUUCUUGGCGUUCAGUUUCAAACCCAACUCCCCCAUAUGUGCAAGAAUGACAUCUCAAUGUCGAACCGACACCUGCUCUGAUAGAGCUAAAAUCAGCCAAUCGUCAAUAUAAUUGAGUAACAUCGGAGUAACCCUGUUAAAUCUCGGCAGUGGAGAGCCGAACUGAAUACGGUAGCCUUUUUCUACUGUGCUGGACCCAUUGAGAUACAUUUGGCAGUAGUUUCCACGCUGCUAAAUAAUCUACUUAGGGGCGGCGAGAAUCUCAGCUCCGCUACGCAUGCGGCCAGAAAACACUGAGAACAUUGCUCGCAGGAGGCCGCUGCGCCCUGGAACUCUGGCAGGAUUGGCAGACCGACCCCUAGAGGGUGCUGAGGCAAGACGGGCACCGUGUAAUGUGGUGUACGCCGCUCUCCCAGUAGGAGCCACCAUCUGCACUCAUGACCGAAACAUGUCAGGCAGAGCCAUCUUCAACCCGUCCCCAGGCAUCUUAUGUUUGUGCAACUGCGAGCUCAUCGACGCCCUCCGUUUCAAUCUCCUCGGAGAAAGAAAGGCGGUGCAUCACGGCCGUCACUCGGGGGGAAGGACCGCAACUCGGGCUUCCGAACCUGGAGAUCGGGCAGUUCUGGCGGAUAAACGGAGGUCUUACGGGUUUGGAACGACAUGAGGAAUGGCCCACAAUGCCUCUCUGAAGUUAAUAUUGCCCAAACAUGAAUAAAAAAAGACUCAAUGUUUUAACACAGUAGUGUUGUAACUGUGUAUUCUGUGUCUGCUUGACACUGAGUUUGGAAAAAAAAAAUUCUGGGAUGGCUGGAAAAUAGGAAAUAUUGUUCCAAAAUUGCAAAAGAUGUCCACGGUGAAAAAUCCUCUGGUCAUGUCAUCGGAUAAUGAGAGUGAAGAUUAAUGUACAGAGCUCUUCAAAUUCUUACUACAUUGCUGCCCCCCACUGCAUCAGGAAGGAGCAAAUGGCCCUUCCUUGUCUCUUGGACAUUAAGCCAAUGUGCAGAGAAGCAUGACAUGCACAAAAGAAACCCUGGUCUGUUUGCAAGAGAGAACCACAUCUCUGCUAAAUCGUUACACUUUACCCAGUGAUGAAUUGCAGACUUUGACGAAAGAUUUCGAAAGAGGACAAAAUAUGUUUGAGGAAGUUGAUACUCCCUACAAAAUGACCAUGUAUUUGGCUGAAAACCACUCUUUUAUCGAGCCCACAGAAAUCUUCGUUGGAAGCAGAGGUGACACUGCAAGAAAGCAAGGGAAAUGGGAUGUGAAAUAUGAACUACUAGAAAGUGGAUCAAAAACAAAGCAUUCUACGAAGAAUAUUUGGGUUCUGAAGAUUUUUUUUCUUUCUUGCAUUUUAUUUGUGGUUUUCUGUAUAAUCUUUAUUUAUUUAGAAGAUUACUUUAAAGCAACUUUUACCAAACAAAUUGGGCAAGCCCAUGAAAGUAAAGACUCUGUUCAACCAAAUGCUCCCCCAAGCACUCAUUUGCCAUUGGAACAAACAACACACAUCCACCACACAUCCACCAGUCCUCCGUCUCCAAAUGCGUGUGGUGUUCAAGUGAAGGACGGGCCUCUGAUUAAAGUGGACCAUCAUAACACUUAUGUGAUCGGCUCUUAUGUGGAUCAUCGUCUCAGAGAGAAACAGAUAAAGUCUAUCGCCAUUGUUCUCCGACAUGAGCCGGCCACGUACAGCUGUGUGAUGUGCUGUGAUGGGAGGAUCGUGACAUCGAAUGCCCAAUGCUCGAUUCAUUCUGACCACUUCAACUAUGAUUACGGCGCUGCUACCAUCACGUGCCCAAUCAGCAGCAGGUGUUUGACACCGACACAUGUUGCAAUUACAGCCGGUGGCGUCUCGGGGAGAGUAACAUCCUUUCAAUCUGUUAGAAACAGAGACGUUCCAAUAACCUUCCCGUAUGAUUUUACAGUCUGUCACUGUGUUAUGUACGACUACAAGAAUGUGUUGAUGUUAGUCGAGUCCAUAGAGAUGUCCAGACUGCUUGGUGCUCAAAGGGUGGUGAUUUAUAAAACCAACUGCGAUUCAGACACACAGAAGGUUCUGGACUAUUAUGAGAAAAGCGGUUUCGUGGAGAUCAUCCCGUGGACGAUUAAAAACCACAUUAACGUGUCUAAAGGCUGGAAGAUCGAUAUAGCACCAGGUCAGCUGCAGUACUACGGGCAAAUCCCUGCACUUAAUGACUGUGUUUUUCGUUAUAUGUACCAAACUCGCUAUCUGGCUCUACAAGACAUGGAUGAAUUUAUUCUGCCUAUCAAAGAGAAAACCUGGAGAGAACUGUUUCCAUUGCUAGAGCAUCUGUACGGUACUGAUGUGGGCUUUGAGUUUGAGAAUAAUCAAUUCCCAAUGACUGCAAAGCUUCAUCUUGAACACAACGUGGAAGCAUGGAAGCAUGUAAAGGGAAUAAAUAUUUUAAAUUAUAUCGAACGAGAACCCAUCAACCCCAGUGCUUUCAACAAUUACAAGGUCAUAGUAAAUCCUCGUCUGGUUCAGAAGGUUACCGUCCAUGGCUUGCUGGAAACUGCGAACGGAAAGCCCACGGUCCGAGUGAAUAAAGACAUUGCUCGCAUGUACCACUUCAAAAACUACACAUUCCCACCGAACACAAACCUUAUAACAGACAGUCAUCUCUGGGAUUACACCAAUAAACUUGAACCAGCAGUUUCUGAAGUUCUACAGGACUGUGGAUUAUUGAAGCCUAGAUAGUUGUCUUGAAGUACUGUCUAUCACAGGUUUACAAAAAAAAAAAAAAAAAAAAGUAAAAUAAACUUGAAAAAGCCUGGCUGUAUGUGGAUGAUAUGCAUGGGGAACGUGUGAGUGGUUUGUUUGUUUGUUUGUUUGUUCACCUUUAUUUGAUUUGAGUGCUUGAAAAGAACUCUCCUGUAAAUAGAGUUCAUGUGCCAAACACGAUAUGUUGAAAGCUUUCCCACUCAAAUGAGCUUGAGACGCAACAGAAACUGGAAAAUCAGCCUUUACACAUUUCUACAAGUUACACACUACCUGUAUAUAGAUAUUGAAUUCGGAAGAGGGAUAAAUUACUAUUUUUCUCCGAUAAUCAUCUUCAUCGGUGCAUACAAACAAUUACAGCUCAGGGCUUUAAGGAAAGUGUACAUUUAUCCAUUUUUUUUUUAUUCAGAAUAGUAAAAGCUAGGACAGGAAGGCAUCUAGGGAUAAUGAGAGCAUAGAAAAAGUGAAAGCAUAGAGGUUUUAUAACUAUUUU